AUGUACGCUCAUGAAAACGGUUGUCCGUGGACAGAAGGAACAUGCACAGAAGCUGCCAGAUAUGGGCAUUUGGAAUGCCUCACAUACGCCCAUGAGAAUGGCUGUCCCUGGGAUACCCAAACAUGUGCAGAAGCUGCCAGAUACGGACAUAUGGAAUGUAUUACUUAUGCACAUGAAAAUGGCUGCCCCUGGAAUCACACGACAAGUGCUGCUGCUGGUUUUAGUGGCCGUGUGGAUAUCCUCAAAUAUGCCCAUGAAAAUGGAUGUGAAUGGAGUGACGAGACUUGCAGUAAUGCUGCCGAAAAUGGAUUUUUGGAAGUCAUAAAGUAUGCCCAUGAAAACGGCUGUCCAUGGGACGAAGACACAUGCAGCCACGCUGCGUGGGAAGGCCAUUUGGAUAUCCUAACUUAUGCCCAUGAAAAUGGGUGUCCCUGGGACGAAGACGCAUGCAGCUACGCUGGUGAAGGCGGCCAGUUGCACUGUCUCAAAUUUUUACAUGCAAACGGCUGUCCAUGGGUGGAAAGAACAUGUUCUGCUGCUGCUGAGUAUGGUCACUUUGCUUUCCUCAAGUGGGCCCAUGAGCAUGGCUGUCCAUGGGACAAACGUACAUCCAGCUGUGCUGCUUGGUUUGGCUAUUUAGACAUCCUCAAGUACGCUAUCCAGAAUGGUUGCCCCUGGGAGGAGGCAGAGCUGCUGAGGACAAAACAUGACCAUGUCAAGGCGUGGAUUCGAGACAACCUACCAUUAUCCCAGGGGAAUGCUGGAAAUUUGAAUGCUGGAAAUUUACUGUCCCCAGUACGAUAA